AUGAACAUCACUCCACCAGUAACAAGCCACAAACCCCGAAAGAGAAGACUACGCCCCAAACAUAAGGGAACCAUGCAAAUGGUCAACACAGUUGUCAAUCUCUCGGACCACACUCUGAGUGCCCAAGAAAAUUCAGUUCUCUCUAAAGGGUUGAAUUUCUGCCCCAUCCCACGGAAUCCCAACAAUGCCGAGUUGGUGCAGGAUAUGGAGAGCUUCUACAGAAGACUCCUUCUUCGCGUUCAUUUCGCCAAAGACGAAGACUCGGAUGACCCUGACACAGAGGUUUCCCCUGUUAAUCCAUUUAAGAAAAAAAGCACAUGGAACCCUCCACCCAGUAAAGUCCCAGCACUCGAGGCAUUCAUAGAUGCUGUAAAACAGGAGAUAUCCGAUCACACCACCAUGACUCACACCCAAAGAGACAACCUAGGGAUGGGUGAGCGCAAGGCACUUCAGGCUCUGAAACGCAACACUGACAUUGUCAUCAAACCAGCCGAUAAAGGCUCUGCAGUAGUUGUCAUGAACAGAGAGGACUACAUCCAGGAGGCCAAUUGCCAAUUGUCGAAUGAGACGUUCUACCGUAAAGUGGAUAAGGAUCUAACGGUGGAGCAUGCUAAUAAGGUCAAUGCCGCCAUCAGCAGGAUACAACUUAAAGGAGAUAUUGACAAGGAUACAGCUGAAUUCUUGCGCUGCGAUUCCCCACGAGCAGGGAAUUUCUAUCUCCUUCCAAAAUUCCACAAGGCUGGUAACCCCGGUCGACCCAUCAUCAAUUCGAUUGGCCACCCCACAGAAAAAAUCUCAAAGUUCAUCGACUUCCACUUGAGAUCCCAUGUCGAGAGCUUGCCAUCUUACUUGAAAGACACCACGGACUACCUUAAAAAGACGCCAUGUAGUAAUCUACCUGAUGACACACUCCUGGUCACCAUGGAUGUGGUUUCCCUCUACACCAACAUCCCACAUGAGGACGGAAUCAUAGCCUGCCGUUCUGCUUGGGACACUCGGAGGAAUAAGCACCCUUCAACAGAUAGUUUAGUGGAACUUCUUAAGUUAGUGCUCACGCUGAACAACUUUACAUUCAACGGAGAGCACUAUCUUCAAGUUAGUGGUACGGCAAUGGGCACCAAAAUGGCACCAUCUUACGCGAAUGUGUUUAUGGGCCAUCUCGAGACAAGGCUUCUAAUAGCGGCCCCAUCGAAACCACUCAGCUGGUUUAGAUUCAUUGACGACAUCGAGAUCAAGUGGACAUCCGGUAGAGAGUCCCUCGAGGAAUUCGUUCGUUUCGCGAAUGAGUUCCAUCGGACCAUUAAGUUUACUGCCGACAUCUCCGAAGAGAAAAAUACUUUUUUGGACACCUGUUCCACACUCGUCAACGGAGAAAUACACACGGAUUUAUACAGUAAACCCACGGACACUCACCAGUACCUUCGCCCGUCCAGUUGUCACCCACCCCACACUACAAGGAGCAUUCCAUACUCCCAGAUUUUGAGAAUCAGGCGUAUCGUCUCCGACGACGAUGACUUCAGACGUCGUUGUGUAGAGCUUAGAUCUCAUCUUCUCAAUAGAGGAUAUGGCGCAGCCCUAAUAGAUCGUGAAAUUGAUAGGGUGAAAGAAUUGGACAGGGCGAGUACACUGGAAUACAAAGACAGGCCGAAAACUGGAAGAGUACCUUGUGUGGUAACCUUUCAUCCGGGCAUGCCCGCAUUGUCAACAAUCUUCCAGAAACACUGGCACAUCGUGUUGUCGUCCAGCAAACUCCAGGGUAUUUUCCCGGAACCCCCCAUACUAGCUUACCGCAGACCAAAAAACAUCAAAGAUUUGGUAGUCAGUGGUAAUCUACCUUCACCAUCUAAUGCUUCAGCCAAUGGCUGUUUCGAGACGUGUAGCAGUAAGAGAUGUAAACUCUGUCCGUACACUCACAACACCAAUUCAUUCAAUUGUGAGACUAAUGGACAGAAAUACCGCAUCAUUCAGUCAGUCUCCUGCACAUCGGCCAAUGUAAUAUACCUUAUUACGUGUGCCAAGUGUAGCAUGCAGUAUGUAGGGGAGACCAAAACACCACUGAAUCUGAGGAUAAAUAACCACCGUUGUUCUAUCAAACAGAAACGCCAGGACUUGCCAGUAGCGAGACAUUUCAACAUGCCGAGCCACACAUGGCACGACAUGCAGGUUGUCCCCAUUGACCACUGCAGGGGUUGGAAUGACCAGCAACGCCUGAAUAGGGAACGACAUUGGAUCAACCAACUACAAACCGGCUACCCACUCGGCAUGAAUGAGAGAUAA